UCCACCGUAUGCAUCUGCCGUGUUCGCGAGUGUUGACAGUGCGUACAAAACUAUGAAUAGAAGGCGUUGCGGAAAGCGCAACAUACGACGACGAAUGGUCCAAUUGUACCAGUAGGCAAAACACCAUCAUGCCUACGUGCUCUGUUUUGAUUCGCUGUGCGCUUUGCGUCGGAACGGUGCUACUGGCCACGGUCGUGACGCUGGCACUCGGCAGCAAGGGGCCAGCACCACCACCGAAUCUGCCGGAAGACGGAUCGGCCACCGUCGAGCAGCUACCAUUCUGUGGCGAAGAUGUGACCCACCAGCGUGACCUUAACGAUGGAUUGGUUUUCGUUACUACUUUGGAUGGCAAACUGUCGGCCCUGGAUAUGCUGAACGGUGGCAAGGAACGUUGGAGCAUUCAAACCGGUCCGGGGCCUUUGCUCUCAUCGAGCAUACACCGGCUAGAGUUAACAAACAACGGCAAAUGGGUCCGUAUGAUACCCUCGCUCGGUGGAAGUUUGUACAAGUUUGAUGGCGAUUCGAUCGAACCGAUUCCGUUCAGUGCGGAAGAUUUGCUGAAAUCAUCGUUCAAAUUUUCUGACGAUCUCGUCAUUUCCGGUGGCAAGGAAACACGAUCGUACGGUGUAUCCAUGCAAACUGGGCAGCUAAUUUACAUAUGUACGAUGCAGGGCUGCAAGAAUGCGACGGAACUAGCGAUGGAAAUGGCCACGGGCGAGGGCAAGUAUGGACCACCAGAAAACGAUCGAACGCCUGUCGGCGUUGGUACACUUGAUCCGAUGCAGGAAGACGUGCUAGUUAUUCGACGCCAAACACAAACGGUCCGUGCUGUAGAAUCACGCACCGGGAGUGAACGUUGGAAUUUCAGCAUCGGUCACCAUGAGGUGGAAAGGAUGAGCAACGAGGACUGUCGAGGAGGUAAAGAGCGGCGUGAGGUGAAUCCGAUAAUACUCGAUCUCGAUCUGCGGGUGAUCAUUCCGGAGGGUGUGAUCUGUGCGGUACGCAAGAGUGCGCCGGGUGAGAUUGUUUGGCGGCAUAAGUUUGAUGUGCCGAUCGUAAGUGCCUGGCGAUCUUCGGAGAGUAACGACGAUAAGUUGGUCGGUGUGGAUCUGUUCGAUCGUACAGAUUGGUUGUGGAAUGGUAAUGUGGAUGAUGGUGAAAGCGAUCAACCGCCGCUGGUCAAUCCGUCACUCUACAUCGGUAUGCACGAGAAACAAUUGUACAUACAGGAAUCGCAGGCGAUGCUAGACGAGAGGGAAGAAAAAUUAAGCGACAUUGCGUUGCUCACUGAUGAAAGCAAACUACCGGCCAUACCGUGGAAACCGUUGCCUGCUAGUCGUGGUGUAGCUGGACUGCUUACGGAUGGGGGCAGUUCGGUGGCGCAGGUGGUAAAGGAUGAAGACGACACGGGUGAAUCAACUGCCAUUGCGCGUUCGGUACUGUACGCUUCGAACUACAUCGAUGGGAAUGGGUUCUUCCUUGUGUAUGACUCCGACCGUGGCGAACAGUGCGAUCAGGGCGAGGACGAAACAAAUCAUAACAAAAACAGUACGGAACCACAUGUUCCUGCGGGAGUACCGGAUGGGGACGAUGAGGACACAAUGUUCGAUGUACCGGUAAAGAUAAUCAUCGUCUCGAUGUGGUUCUGGUGGAAGGAAAUUGUUAUCAUUUCGAUCACAACCGCACUCAUCUUGAAUAUGAUGCUAAAACUGCGAACCGAAAAGCCACCGGUCAUGGUAGUGGUCGAACGCAAGAUAACUGUCCCGAUUCCGACUGCAGUGGAAGCUGUCGAAGAAUUCCCUCCAGCGAUUCGAAUGAGCGCGGUGCGAAGUUAUUCGGAGUCUAGCUCAUCGAACGGUCCAGCUGCAGUCGAAAACUACACUUCUCGCUUUCGAGAUGAUUUCGAUCUGGUGCAAUGCCUUGGAAAGGGCGGCUUUGGGGUCGUCUUUGAGGUUCGCAACAAACUAGACGACUGUCGAUACGCGAUCAAGCGAGUAGUCCUGCCGAAUAAACAGGAAUCAAAGGAUCGCGUUAUGCGUGAAGUAAAAACCUUAGCUCACUGUGAGCAUCAGAACAUUGUUCGAUAUUUUCACGCCUGGGUUGAAACACCUCCGCCCGGUUGGCAGGAAGCGCACGAUCGUGAGUGGAUCGAACGAAACUGUCUUUCGACGUCGAUCGAUAUAGAAACACCAACCGACACAUAUCCACCAUUGCCAGGUGGUGGUGGAAUACUGUCCGCUGGGACGGCAUCAUCUUUCGCGGUGGGAAUGAAAAACUCUCGCCUGCAAACAUCGUCAGUACAAUCGAAACUGUGGAUGCCGCAAUUCCCACAAGCAAAUUUUUCCUUCUCGAAAGGCAUCGGUGAUGGACCGUCUGGCAUGAAUCGGCUUGAAGAAAGCGACAGUUGCUCAUUUAUCGAAUUUCGUGCCGAAGGUGAUCAGUAUGCAUCACAACGGACACGUGAUGAUGACGAGGAGGAUGAUGACGAGACAUCUUCCAGCUCAGAGUCCGAAUCGAACGAAACGUCGGAUGCGAGAAGCAAUGGAAAGCACCGGUGGAACAGGACGACAGCGGAUGAAGAUGAUUCGUUGGAUAUUGUAUUCAAAGAACCGUCCCGUAGCGAAGGCAUUACCUCGAAUGGGGUAAACGCGCAGCACGCUGUAUCGAUCGAUGUAUCAUUCUCACCGAAAGCUUCAUCACAACCAGUGGUGAUGUUACCUAAUGGCUUGAAUGGCCAAUCCGUACAGCAGCAGAAGCCAAAUCCAUUCCGUAAAACUCAUCGCCGACCACUGUCGCUUGAUCUCACCAGCACGGGAAAUGUGCGCCCCGUUCCCGGUUUGGCGCCUUCGAACGUGGGAAGUACAGCGGACCUUAGCAUACGCCCGUCGGCCACCGAUCAAUCGAAGACAAACUCUGCCCAGAGCAAUAAAAUUUACCUCUACAUACAGAUGCAACUAUGCCACAAACAAUCGCUAAAAGAGUGGCUCACGCUGAACGAAUUCCCUGCCCGUCGUGAUAAGAUUGUGCCAAUUUUCGAACAGAUCGUUGCCGGUGUUGAGUACGUCCAUUUGAAGGGUUUGAUCCAUCGUGAUCUUAAACCGAGCAACAUAUUCUUCUCACUCGAUGGCAGGAUUAAGAUUGGCGAUUUUGGGCUCGUAACGGACUCGAGUGAUUUGCAGUACGAUAGCGAGAACAAUAUGCCGACGAUGGUUCCGGAUCGGCACACGCGACAGGUGGGCACACAGCUAUAUAUGUCACCGGAACAGUUGAAGGGGUUGCCGUACGAUUACAAGGUUGACAUCUAUUCGCUCGGGUUGAUCCUGUUUGAGCUGCUCGUGAGUUUUGGCACCGAGAUGGAGCGUAUUUGUACGCUGAAGAGUGUGCGCAAGAGUGUAUUUCCGGACCAGUUCGAGGAACAGCACCAGUGUGAGUUCAAACUUUUAACGUUGAUGUUGUCCGAAUCGCCGAAUAAACGACCGACCACGUUUGGCAUAAAGGCUCAUCCACCGUUCAAGCGAAUGGCUUCCAACAAGUCAACCAACUCGCUCGGCGCCGUCGUAGAUGAAACGUUGGUCGUUAAUGGCAAUCCACUCCCGACCAACGGUUCCUUUGAAUCGGACGAUGGAGACGAGUGGCACUUUGAGCUGCCACCGCGCAGAAAAGACAGUCGCACGUACAGUACUUCCGGGUCGGGAUCAGGCAAUGGAUCGGGUGGUGUGCCGGGUCCAAAUCAGCUAUGCUUUUAA